AUGGCUGCGCAGCAAGUACAGGAGUACUUAGAAAGACACCGCAUAGGAGCUUUAUUUGAGGUAACGAUGUACAUUUUUACGCGCUUUAUUCCGACCCCAACUUUUGAUCAAAACUUCGAAUUGAAUAAAUGAAAAACUGACCACAAGUGCUUACACACCUUCUAAGGGUUUGAAGAAAACAAACUAAUUAGACUCCCAGUUUGUGAUUUCUACUAGUUACCGCUUGUACUUAAAAUCGAGCAUGUCUAGGGAAACAUUCAGUCUCAACAUUAUUCCUUAUCAUAAUAAAAAAGCACAUCGUGCAUUAUUUAGCUUAUGCUAACUGUAGAAUACAGAGGUGAGAAAUAGGAAUGGUGUCUUGAUAUGUUUUUUUCAGGUUUUUCCAAAAGAAAUCGUUAUUUAUUAUUCUUGAUUUCUUUUCCGUCUUCUGGGCUAGCUUCACAUCAAAACGUUCAUAAUUUCGCAAAUUUACGAUACAAUUUCAGCAUAUAUUGUUCUCAAAUAAUUUUGGCGGAGCAGGGCGUUGAGGUCCGUUUUUAAAUUCAAAAGAGAGGGGGAUCUGCUUGAUGCGGGUGAAAAGAGCGAGGCAGAUUUAUAUUUAUAAUCUGUUAAGGGGUUUCCCUUGAUCCCAAGCUCAACUUUUUUCUUAGUCACCAUUUUUUGACUUCAAAUUGUGUGACAUGAAAUAGUUGCCGUAGGGUCAAAGUUUUCAACAUAUAUAUUGUAAUGUUGUUUGAAAUUUUUUUUACAACUUUUAUUUUAGGAUCUUAUGGCAAAAGUGAUCAAGGAUACACCUGACGAUCCAGUUGGUUAUCUGAUUAAAGUUUUGAAAAAGUUGUAUUCUGAAGGGUCUAAGGUGAUAGUCAUCUCAGUUUGUUCCAAAAAUUUACCACAUCAUAUAUCCCUUAGACAUUAUUCUUUAGCUGGGGAGGAUUUGCACUGAUGUCUUGUUAGUCUUGGUCCAGAUCCCACCAUGGGACUUGCAAUUAACUGCUUACAGAUAUUUUUAUUCUCAUCUGUAAUACCAUCCAGGUGUGUCUUGCUGUAAGCAGAAUUUUGCUCAUCACUAACACUGGAAUAUGUCCAUGGAAGUUGGGCAGAUUAAUUCCCAAACCUGUCAGAUUAUGAUUUCUUAAUGCGAUUAUGAAAAUAUCUCGGGUAUUCAAAUAAUAAACAGUUAUUGAACUCAGUUGUGGCAAAACAUUCCUAUUAUACAACUUCUCAGAGAUCAGUUAUCAUCCCCAGCCUUUGGUUCUAUUGAAUAAUUUAUCUACUUUUCACAAAAAGUCAGAAUACUUUGUGAAACCUCAUUCAAUAAUUGUUCAUUUUAAUGAUAAAAAUCUCAUUUUUGUCCAGAGACCAGGGCACACUGGACAAAAGCUAGUGUUUCUAAGUCAUAGGAACACAUAUUGUUUGUUAUCCCAGAUACUUGUACAUGUAAGUAAUGAAAUGUAUCUUUGUAAACAGGGGCAUGGAUCAUCCCUACCUCCUUCAGGAUCAAAGGUAUCUUUUGCAAGAUCUAUGGGUGUCUCAGGGUCACCAGUUGCACGGCAUUCACUUGAUGAUGGUAAGCCAAUUAAUAAUACUAUACUAUAGGUUGGUAACCCUGAACAUAAUAUACAGCUCUUCCUCUUUCUGUCAGUUUUUAAAUUUUUCCUUGAAAUUUAUGAAAUGUGUUCAAACAGUAUGAGGUUAUUUGAUAGGUCAAAAAAAGGCACCUUUAUUUACUCAUAGAUCAAAACCUGUUGGCCAAGUCUUGGGCUGGUCCAGACUCCCGCACAGAUGGAACACGACCACGUCCAAGCAGUGCAUCUAAAACAAUGGGCAGAGAUUAUCCACGGCCUUGGUUGAGUGGUAGUAAGCCAAUGAAGAGUGUAGGAGCAGGGGACAGGGACAACAUGCGACCACCUGCUCGAACAGGUAUGUACACUGAAACUCUUUUAAAACAAGGAAACAGUAGCUAACAGACAGCAAUGAGUCUCUGUGAAGCACUGUGUUAUGUACACUGCUUUAAUACAAGCAUUGCACAAUUUCAAACUGACCUGAGCUCAUGAGACCUCUUAAUACUAAAAGAUUUUGUUUCAGGAAGAAAGAUUUUUAACUGAAAGUUUCUUUUUCAUAGGCAGGGAAUUGUUGCUGCCAUUUGUAACUUAAACCUGCCCCAAGAUAAACUUUUUUUUAUUCUAAAAGUUGUCAAAAUAGUUUAAUUAAACAGAUCACUGUUUAAUUCAACUAUUGCUUGCUCUCCAGUCGCAAGUACAAGACUCAUAAAUAGCUGCUUACACUAGUUAUUCGAACUUAGCAGAACUCUAUAAGUGAGAUCAGUUUUGAAUUCUUGUAUAAUUUUGUUGCAAUGAAAGAUGAAUUUAAUUUUUCAUUCUCUCUAUCUGUUGUCUUAUUCAUUUAUUUUUAAAUUUAGGACAAACCCAAAGUGAUGGCGAGAGACCACCAUGGAAUCACAGGACUGCUGUACCAUCACAGGACUUUGAUGAGUGGUUUAACAUGCAGCACAGGCAACCCAGGACUGCUGAUCAAGAUGUCAGGGCAUAUCAAGGAAGUAGGUGACAUGCAGCUUAAUGCAAAGUUAGAUACUUUUUAAACUCAGUUGCAGUGUAGGCCUGUUCUUUUCCUCAAAUCUUGUACUGACUACAACAUUUAAAACAAAGGUUCUUGGUAAAAUGUUACAGAUAUGCAUUUUUAUUUGACAACGGCAAUUGUCACAAGGCAUUUUCAUUUAUUUGAAUGUAAAUCUCUUUCUUUAUAGCUUCAUCAUGGGGAAGAAAUGGGGAAAUGGUAUGUACUAGAUGUAAAAUUAUUCAAUUUUACUGACUACAUUAGUUUUAGUGUUGAUUAAAGUAGUCUACAGUCCUGAUUAGACAAUUGCACCACUUUGUGUCUGUUACUCAAAAGAUGACUUGCCAGGUCCUAUACUUGUACUUUGAAUUCUCUUUUAUUAAAUGCCCUGGCCUUGAGAUGUCUAGGGUUAAUCAAGAUUGUAUAAUUUAGUGUUAAUUUUGAUAUUCAACAUUUUCUACAAGGCCUUGAUUGAGUGUAAGGUACUUUUAAUGAGAAGUGUAAGUAAUUCUUGCAUUACUUUCAUUUAGUCUGCCCCCCAACUUCCUAACUUCAAUAAGCAUGUUCUCCAUAUGCCCUCAAUUCAUUUCUCAUGACAUUGACAGGGAGAAUUUGUUUGACAAUCAAGAGCAUCUAAGGUUUGCAAUCCUUACCUUGAUCUCGAUGUUUGAGUCAGCGGUGACACUUUGUGUGGAAAUAAGUCACUUGGCAUUAAGCAAUAGAGGAGGACUGAGAUGUUUCCUUUUCAAAGUAUUGUUGAUUGAGUGUAAUUUAAUAGAGAACAAAUUACCUGGUUUUUGUAUGCAGGGUGUUUGAAACCUUUUCAUUUCCUUUGAAUUCACAGGCAGUGCCAGCAGAAAGGAGAGUAAUUUACAACCGCCGGACUUCUUCAUCAGGUUCAGCAAACUAUGUUGAUGAUAAUCUGGAAGAUGAGCUCAAUAUGGGGAAGGAUAUAAAAACCAGAGAAGAAGAAAAUGAUUCAUCAUCUGUGGCAUCAUAUGGGUGAGAAUGAAAAUGUUCAAUAAAUUACUUGUGCUUGUAACGGCUUUUUAUGAUGAACAGUGCCAUGCAACUGCACAGUACAACUGUAUUUAGACUACUGAGUACAUUUUAUGAUAUUUUUACAGGUCUUCUAGGUCACGGAAAACAAAAGCAAGACAUGCGGCUGAAGAACAUCGCCGGCAGCUUCAAGCUCUUCUCGUGAACAAGGGUCACCAGGGUGGAGAUGUUAAUGGCAUAAAUGAUGGUGAAGACCACCAUGAUGAUGGCACUGAAUUAUUAGGUAGUUUAAAAUAAUGAUGACAUGAUCAAAUUGGAAAAUUAUUAUGCAUUGAAGAUGUUCAUUGUUGAAUAUUUUUUGUCUGAAGAAAAUGUGGAUGAUCUGGAGUCUGAAGGGGUGUCAAACAGGGGCAGUAAGGGAUCAAGACUAUCCAAGGUAAAAUUUAAGAUGUAGUGGCCUAAAUUCCUGUAAAAUAUAUGUAUCUAAUUGAAAAACAAAUUUUGUAAUGGGCUAAGAGAGCUUUUUAACCAGAAGCAGCAGUCAUUCAGGUUACUAGGCUGAAAUAAAGAGCCUGACAAUUUGGUUUGUUUCUUGAAGCAUCUUGACAUUUUUUUUUAUUGGCAGUCCAUUAGACAAGGAAAUGGAACAUCAGAGUCUAUACGUGUUAGCAUAUGUGCCAGAUGCGCCAAGUAAGUUCAUCGAUAAUGAAAAUUUGUUUCGACUAUUUUUUACAGUUAUGCUGGUAUGCAGUGCAAACUGGGUGUGGAAUAGGCCAUGCUUGUGGCUAUGCUUUGCACCAAGUGCAGUUUUUGGUUUGGUACUUAUUAGUCCAAACAGUUCUUUAACAUGCUCUUUUGCAUGUUGGUGAGAUUAGUUCUUGUUUGUAGACCUCUUGCACACUGGCAAGAUUAGUUCCUGUUUUUGUAGACCCUUUUUGUAUGUUGGCAAGGGCAUUGCCUUUGGUUGCAUGUUGUGAAUCCUGUGAAAUUAAAUCAGCUGAUGGCAGCUUUAACACUCAUUGUUUCCAGUGGUUGCAAACUCUAGGCAAACUUUGUUUAUAAAUAUGGCAAGAAAUUAGCUGACAACUUUGCACUAACUUGGCCCUAGCCCUUCUGGCCAUAUUGUUCUAUCCUUGCAGUCAAAGAGCUGAACUUAGAAUCAACAAGUAUGGUUCAACUCAUGAAUUAGGUUGUCCUUUUGUGUGAUCUUUACUCUGGUUCUGGUUGUCCAAAGGUUGGAUAACGCUAUCCACAGGAUAAAUCUCCAUCCAGUGAAUAGCGCAGCACAUUUUUUUUGACACUUAUCUGCUGGUCAGUGAUUUAUCCGUUGGAUAGAAUUUUCCACAUUUUGAACAGCAAGGCACAGCUGUGCAACUGAAUUACAAAGGCCAAGUUAGUUAUGAUAAUCACACAAUAAAUUAUCUAAGCUACAUGUAUCAAUAGCCUCUAGAGCAUUUGCUGAAAACAGGAUAUCUAUUUUUGAUACAGGGUUAUUACUGGUCAAGCAAGUGAUAAAAAGUCAGAAGGUGUGUUUGUAGAUUGUGCAUAUAUGUAUCCUUUUUGUCCUAAGAAAUUAUUUUUGAGCAAUAUGUGUAUUUUUACAUUUCAGUUGGAAGUAUUUAUUCAGGAAGUGAAGGUAAACAGCUUUGGCUCUAAAUUCUCUUUUCAUGUGAGAUGUGUUGUUUUUUUAAGGAUUAUUGUUAUUGAUCUUGAUGUUACUGUAUCAAUGGUUAACAGUCAAGAACUUCUGUAGUUGGUGAUCAUUCCUAUUAUUCUUGCAACCUUAAUGUGUAAUUCAAGGGUGAUACUGUAAGGAGAAAUUAGAUGCUGGUCACUCUUGGAGGUAAACCAGUUAAAGGAUGUUAAACAGGUGACUAAAAUAUGGUUGACCUUUCAUAUUUUUUUUCCCUCUGGUUUUCAUCUCAGUUGAUGACAACUUUGAAAGUGUUUCUCAAGUUGGAAGUACGGUAAGUUUUUUUAUUGGGUAUAUCAUCAUCGUUGUUGUUGUCAUUUUCAUCAUUAUCAUUAUUGCUAUCAUUGAUUACUUUCAAAUUGAAGCCUUAAACCUAUCACUUGUGUCUUUUUAGACUGGACAAAGAAGACCUCCUGUGUGGCCUUCAGGAUUUGACUCAGAAAGUAAGACGACUCUCUCUUUACAUAAUUUGGGGAAAAUGAAGAUUAUCCUUUGCAAUUUUCAAAAGAAAUUGCAUAGUCAUUUAUUUAGAAAAGCCAUCUUUUUUUUUUUGUUCCUCCCUUUCAUCCUUUGUUACUUAUCCAGGAUUUUGUGGGUUUUUCUCCUGUUGAGUGUAAUUUGGGCUUCAAAGAAAACCACUUCAAACUUAGCCAAUGACUUAGUACAUUUUAUAACAGUUGUACGAUAGGCAUAACUUAACAUUCCUUUCUUCGUCUGUCUUCCUUUGUGAAGGUGACUCGAGCCCACGGAAAGGUCAGCAGCACAUGUGGCAAAGUCCAGGUAGAUCUCCAGGUAGAUCUCCAGGCAGAUCUCCAGUAAAGGGAAAACACAUGUUUCGGUGAGUAGACUGAUAAAACUCUGGCCGGUUUUUACUUUCUCCUUCUCUCCACCUCAGCUUUAACCUUAUCUUGGCCUGUAGGUGAAAUCUUAAGGUUAUGAUAAAGAAGAAUUGUCGUGUAAUUCUUUUCGGAGUGUCCAGCGUGUAUUUUCACUGAUGUGUUCUUUUUCAGGGGUGGUUCUUUUACCAAUGAACAACCGGACAGUUCCAGGCCCCCUUCGGCUUCUUCAAGUCGUAGUGACCUGGUGUACUCGGGAAGACAACAAAAGUCUUGGAACUUUGACGGAUAUUCCUCUGAUAAUGACGUAAUGCAGCAUUUUUCAAGCGUUUUUUUUUCUCUUUUUUUUCAUGAUUUUGAGCAGUCUUUUUAACAUGGUUACUCACAAUUUCAUUCCCUCUUUUCUCUUCAAAUUUAGACCGAAGUCAAUUUUGACCGAGUUGGGUCCCCUCAAUUACAAGGAAGUCGUCCAUGGAACCGCGCCCCACUGGAAAGCGGAAGUGAAACGGACUUGGACGCAAGACAAAGUAAGAAAGCAUUGCUUGACUUCAGACAACGAUAAUGUUACGUUGCGUGACCUCCAAAACCACUGCACUGUGAACAACAUGACACCAAUAUUGGGUGAUUUAGAGCACAGCUCACGAAUGAAAAGUCGCGUGACCUUUUCCUUUUUCCUUACGGUACUUCCAAUUGUAUCGCCAAAAGAACCUUUUCCAACAAAGAGUCAUAACAAGAGAUAUGAUGUCUUUUUGAAACAUUUAAUUGCAGGAAGACGAAUCCCAGAACGGAGAUUUGCUCGGUUUAACAGCGGGGAUGAGUCAGACUCAACUUAAUAAAAGGCCGCGAAAUUACACAUGAAGACUGUCGAUUAUCGCCACUGGAGAGGUUCACGAUAUUUACCGAAUCAAUUUUAUCCGAUAGGAAUUUUUUAUCAUAUCAAUCUUUGCAACACUAACCAAGAUACACGUAUUUAUUGUCUCUGUGGACUUAGAAAAGUAAAAUGUGCACUUUAGGAAGAGAAUGAUUUUUUUGCUGAAGGACUCACCCCUAUUGUAUGUUCCCCUUAAACUGGAAUAUUAAAGUUUAUUUUAUGUACAUUUGAUUAUACUUGGCACACAAAUACUAUCAAAAGACAAUAAUAUGUCUGCCUUUUUAAGCUAGUUUUAUAUAAUAGACAUGCAUUUAUCAAAAUCGAACAAAAGCUUUUAAAAUAAAGUUAGAUUAGCAGCAUGGAGA